AUGAGGUGGAUAAUCCUAUCUUCUCUUUGCCUGGUUGUUGCACUAGCUGUUCCAGCGCCGUCGUGGGAGUCACUCCGGGCGUCGGGAUUCGUGAGACAAUCUCCGGCCACGCACCGUAAGCCCGGGCCUGCAGAUGUCGAGCAAGGCUUGACUUUAAAUCCGCAGAGGCUGGAACAUAGAAAUAACAGACGAAGUGGCGACGGACAUGAUAAGGACUGGCGAGAUGAAGAUAGAUUAUAUAACGGCAGACGAGAUGGUGAUUGGCGUGAUAACAAUAGACGAGAUAACGAUAGACGUGAUGACGACAGGCGUGAGGACGACAGGUGUGAGGACGGCAAACGUGAUGAUGAUGAGUGGGAUGACGAUAGGCGUGAGGAUGAUAGGUCGGAUGAUGACAGGAUAGAGGAUGACAAGCGUGAUGACGACAGACAAGAAGGAGAUAGACGAGAUAAUGACAGAUGGGAUGUAGACAGUCGAAGAAAUGAUGAUAACUACGAUAAGGAAGAUUACAAUAGAAGAGAUAACGGCAGACGAAAUGAUGAUAAGCAACAUGGGAGGAGAGAUAACAACAGACGAGAUGACAACACUGGUCAACGAUCAUUUUGCGGGGUAGAUUGA